GUGACCGUACAACCACCUCGAUUUCCUGUCUCCUCAAAAAUCAAGAACCUCACUCCCAGUCUUAAUUUAGGGUUUUUGGUUAUUAACUUUUUCAAAUAAACCCUAGAAAUGAAAGAUUGAUGAAAUUCCAAUAUUAAAUUGAUGCUAGUUUCUCUCUCACUUUCAUUCGAUUCAAAUUUGUUAAAUGGAUGGGGGCGAUUCGUUGUCCAAUGGUGGAACUCUUUCUUCAGCUCCUGCCCCAAUUCCUAAUGUAAAUUCACCGCCACCGUUCUUGGUCAAAACUUAUGAUAUGGUCGAUGAUCCAUCAACAGAUAAAAUCGUAUCAUGGAGCGCUACAAAUAAUAGCUUUAUUGUUUGGGAUCCUCCUGAAUUCGCUAGGGAUCUAUUGCCUAAGUAUUUUAAGCAUAAUAACUUUUCAAGCUUCGUCCGCCAGCUGAAUACAUAUGGUUUCAGAAAAGUGGAUCCAGAUCGUUGGGAGUUCGCGAACGAGGGCUUCCUGAGAGGUCAAAAGCAUCUUCUCAAAGGCAUUAGCAGGAGAAAACCAGCCCAUGUUCAUCCUCCUCCUCACCAACCGCAACAACUGAACACACAAACACCCGUUAGUUCGUGCGUUGAGGUCGGAAAAUUCGGUCUAGAAGAAGAAGUUGAGAGGCUAAAACGAGACAAGAAUGUGCUUAUGCAAGAACUCGUCAAGCUUCGUCAGCAGCAACAAACAACAGACAAUCAGAUGCAAACGAUGGUCCAACGUCUUCAAGGAAUGGAGCAACGUCAACAACAGAUGAUGUCUUUCCUUGCGAAAGCAGUUAACAGCCCUGGUUUUCUCGCUCAUUUUGUACAGCAACAGAAUGAUAAUAGCAAUAAUAGACGUAUUAGUGAAGGAAGCAAAAAACGUAGGCUUAAACAGGAUGAUCAUCAGGAUGGGCAAAUGGUUAGAUAUCAGCCUUUGAUGAAACAGGAUGGUUCCGGAAGUUUAUUGAUGAACGACGUCACGUCCCCUUCAUCUUCCGGGUCACCGGAUUUUGGCGGAUCACGCCCAUCAGGCGUGACCCUUCAUGAAGUUUCAAACCUGUUUUCUGAUACAAUCCCUCCAGUUGGAGGGGGGGAAGUAGUUUCAAACCUGUUUUCUGAUACAAUCCCUCCAGUUGGAGCAGGGGAAAUCCCUAUAAUAGAUAUCGGGAAUUUCUCCCCUGAAGUUGGUGAGUUUGAUUGGGAGAAUUCAUUGAUGGGAGACCAUAUCCAGAAGCUUCCGAGCAUAGAGGACCCAUUUUGGGAGCAGUUAUUUUCGACAAGCCCGAUAGGUCCAGAAAUCGAGGACGUGGACACCACAACAUUAGCGGAAUGUCUUACAAUGGAUAAUGGUUGGAACACAUGUGAAAAUAUGGAGCAACUUACUGAGCAGAUGGGAUUUCUCAAUUCGGAUUCAAAAAUUGUUUGAUCUCGGGGUUAAUAAUGCUGAUAGAAUCUUUACCAUACUUCUCUCGAUAUUUCAGCAUAGAAAAUCAUAUGUUUUGUAGCGUGUUUU